AGCAGCAGCAGCUCCGUCUGGGAAAGUUCAGCACAUGAUGGCAGCACCCAAGAAAGUCUGUGUGAUUGGCUCUGGUAACUGGGGCUCUGCCAUAGCCAAGAUCGUGGGCGCCAACGCGGCCAAGUAUGACACGUUUGACACCACCGUGAACAUGUGGGUGUUCGAGGAGACUGUGGAUGGCCGCAAGCUCACAGAAAUCAUCAACACAGACCAUGAAAAUGUGAAAUAUCUGCCCGGACACAAGCUGCCCCCCAAUGUGGUGGCCGUUCCAGACCUGGCUGAGUCCGUGAAAGGGGCUGACAUCCUGAUCUUUGUGGUCCCUCACCAGUUUAUUGUGAGAGUGUGCGACACCAUCAAAGACCACAUCAAGAAAGACGCCCUGGGAAUGUCACUCAUCAAGGGUGUUGAUGCAGGACCAGAGGGUCUGAAGCUGAUCUCAGAGGUCAUCAGAGCGAAACUGGGCAUCACCAUGACGGUACUUAUGGGUGCUAACAUCGCCAACGAGGUCGCUGAUGAGAAAUUCUGUGAAACAACCAUUGGGUGCACAGACAAGGCUCACGGGCCCACGCUGAAGAAGCUGAUGCAGACCACCAACUUCCGCGUGACUGUGGUGGAAGAGUCUGACGUUGUGGAGAUAUGCGGGGCACUCAAGAACAUCGUCGCGGUCGGAGCAGGUUUCUGUGAUGGCCUGGGAUUCGGUGACAACACUAAGGCGGCAGUCAUUCGUCUCGGCCUGAUGGAGAUGAUUGCCUUCGCUAAGGUCUUCUGCACAAACUGCCCCGUCUCCCCUGCCACCUUCCUGGAGAGCUGCGGCAUCGCUGACCUGAUCACGACCUGCUACGGCGGACGCAACCGCAAAAUCGGCGAAGCGUUUGCCAAAACAGGCAAAACCAUUGAGCAAUUAGAGAACGAGAUGCUGAACGGGCAGAAGCUUCAAGGUCCCGCCACUGCAACGGAGGUGCAUCAGGUCUUGAAACAGAAAAAUAUGGUGGAAAAGUUUCCUCUUUUUACUGCCGUUUAUCAGAUCUGCUUCAACGGCCACAAAGUCACAGAGUUCAUCAAUUGUUUGCAAAACCACCCCGAGCACAUCUGAAGGACCGAUGAAUGAAUGGAAGUUGGGAAAGACUUUUCCUCUGAAAACCACUGUGUAACCAAGGAGUUAUGGGGACAUCGGAGGUUGCAUGAAGUUCAUGCUCAAUCUGACUCCUCUCUUCUCCCGAGUCUCAGAAAGAGAAAACUAAAGAAAACAAAAAAAAAAAAGAAAAGUAAUGAAGAAGUGGCAUUGCCCUUCAUCUUCCUGAGCUGCUGCUGCACUGACCCGAGGUCAUUACUUAUAUUGAACGAAGCAUAAACUGUUUCUUCAAAUUAUUUAAUUACUGCAUAAAUCUCCUCAGUCUUAAAAGUUUUAGCAAUUCAAAAUACUUUAACUUAAACAAUACACACACAGACAAAAAUGAAUGUUACUGAAUAUUACAUAAUUUAUUGUGCAAAAGUGCCUUACCUUGUCUUAUCACAGGCAGAUAUGUUUUCCAGUGUUAAACAAAGCACUGCAGACAAGAACAGUCACCGCCGCUGUUUUUCAUUUGGACUUCAUAAAAUAUAACCAUCUACUUGACAUGGUUUAUUUAAAAUAAACAAUUUAAUUUGUCUUAUC